AGUGCUCAGUUCACAAAACGAAUCCAGACAAAAAUCAAGGACCUUUUGCAGCAAAUGGAGGAAGGACUAAAAACAGCAGAUCCACAUGACUGUUCUGCCUAUACUGGCUGGACUGGCAUUGCCCUUUUAUAUCUGCAGCUGUACCGUGUCACGAAAAACCAGAGCCACUUGCAGCGAUCUCUUGAUUACGUGAAGAGAAUCCUUCGCAAUCUGAACGGCAGAAGAGUCACUUUUCUCUGUGGUGAUGCUGGUCCUCUGGCAGUGGGUGCAGUGGUUUAUCACAAGCUGAAAAUUGACAAUGAAUCUAAAGAAUGUGUUGCCAAGCUGCUGCAGCUCCAGAGGGCAGUGAUAAGCACUGAUGCUGAACUGCCAGAUGAGCUGCUUUAUGGCAGAGCAGGUUACCUCUAUGCAUUGCUCUACCUGAAUACUGAAAUUGGUCCAGACACUAUCCCUCAAUCUGCUAUCAAAGAGGUAAUAGAAGCCAUCCUGGAGUCGGGGAAGAACUUUUCCAAGGAGGAGCGUAAAACAGAUCGCUGCCCUCUGUUGUACCAGUGGCACAGGAAGCAGUAUGUUGGGGCAGCGCAUGGCGUAGCUGGCAUCUAUUACAUGCUCAUGCAGCCAAUCGCAAAUGUGGAUCAGGAGACCUUGACAGAGCUGGUGAAGCCCAGUAUUGACUAUGUGCGGCACAAAAAAUUCCGGUCUGGGAAUUACCCGUCAUCACUGAGCAAUGAAACGGACAGACUGGUUCACUGGUGCCACGGUGCCCCUGGAGUCAUCCACAUGCUCAUGCAAGCUUAUAAGACCUUUAAGGAGGAUAAAUACUUGAAAGAUGCUAUGGAGUGUAGUGAUGUCAUCUGGCAGAGGGGUUUACUGAGAAAAGGAUACGGGAUCUGCCACGGUGCUGCUGGCAAUGGCUACUCCUUCUUAUCUCUCUACAACCUAACUCAGGACAAAAAGUACCUCUACCGAGCUUGCAAGUUUGCUGAAUGGUGUUUGGAGUAUGGUGCACAUGGAUGUCGUAUUCCUGACCGGCCUUAUUCUCUCUUUGAAGGAAUGGCUGGUGCUAUUCACUUCCUCUCAGAUAUUUCAGUACCGGAGACUUCCCAGUUUCCAGCAUUUGAACUUGGACCUCAAAGGAGGGAAAACAAAGUGGAACAAGAUAGCUAAGGAAUCAUUUUGGAAGGAAACUAUGCCAAAAGCAACGGGACUGCUUUGUGCCUCCGAUACUGAAGCAACUUGAUCCUGUCAGAUGAAUAAACCCCCUUUUCCCACUCCCCUCUGGCCCAAAGGACCAUGAAAUCACUAGAGCAUGGACAAGAAGAAGCCACAUUUAAGUUCUGUUAAAGUGACACCUUCACAUGUAGGACAAGAGAAGUCGAGUUUGAACUUUCUCUUUUCUGUUACAUUUGUUGUCUUUGGGUCUUUCACAUGCUCUGCAUGUUUAUUGUUGUUGUCUGUUGGUAUGAUGUCUUUUGUUGUGAGC